UAUUGAUUAUCAAUUAUGCUCUGUAUUUUAGAUUCAAAAGAUCCGACUGGACAACAAGGAGACUAUUAUCUUCUGACAUACUGUAAAGCUAAACACCUGAAGAAAUGGCAUUUUGCUUUGACUGUUUCAGCUACAUGUAUUAUUAUUGCUUUGGUUGGUGUAGCUAUAAAUCAUUUCAUAGUGGAAAAAAAAGAUAAUAGCACAACUAUUACAUCACAAGUACCUACUACUAUCUCCUCUGCUCCACCAGAGCCCACAAUUACACAGACAAACCCAAAUGAACUAAAUGUAGGUGAUGUCAAGAAAGUGUUGAAAGCUUUAAAAAAAGCAAUGUUUGGUCCUGCAAAUUGGAGGGACUUAGGACUAUCACUGGGUCUCAUUGUGACGACACUUGAUACCAUUGGUAAAACAAAUGGUGAUGCCAAUGAUUAUCUGGAAAAAACUAUUCAAAAAUGGUUGAAAAAAGAGGAUCAAGUUAAAGAAACAACAUGGCAGAUCUUAAAAGAAGCAGUUAAGAGUACUGGAGACAAAGCAGCUGCUGAAAGGAUACCAUUACACUAAAUCAACUAUUAUUUGUGACAGUGUGUUGUUUUAUUUUUAUCUUGAUUAAAGUUUUUGCUGCUAACAUUUCAACAACUGUUUAUUACAAGAA